AUGCACCUCUAUUUUCUAUUACUUUUCAUUAGGGCGGGAAUCGCGUUGACGACGCCGGAGGAAGAUGAGGCAGCCGUCGGGAUCGUGGCUGCUGACGAAGAAGCACUUACCGUCGAUGAUAGGGAUGAAGCGCUGGAUUUGGAGCGUGACACUUAUCAGAUGUCGAUGACAAAGCUUGAGAAUGACGUCAUCAACAAGCUGUCCUUCGAGCAGAGGCGCCGUCCUGAUCCAAGCAAUGGCACUGUCAAGAUCCGUUUCUUGCUUCACAAAAUCUCCCACAUUUCCAUCAAUCAGACGGAGGGCUCGAUGAGGGUUAUUGGCAGGAUUUGCACGCUCUACAAUGAUCCACUCAUCAAAUGGGACCCGGCAAAAUAUGACGGAGUGACGGUCUCUACGAGCCUAUUCUGCCCGAAUUUCCAGUUCCGCGUCGGGUGCGUGUUGGACGUAGCGGAUUACCCGUACGACAAGCACGUUUGCGCUUUUCAUAUGGUGGAAUACAGCGCGGGCGCUGAACUUGUGCCCUAUUACCCCAGUGAUGAGAUGUUGCUCAAGCUGAGAUAUUCUGCUCUACGAAGCGAAAAGAAGGCCCAGAUCGCCGAUUUCACGAUAAACUCGAUUUCGGCAAAGAUCCAAUACAUUAGUCAUGAUGACAGUGGAGACGAAUUAUUCCUGGACCAGAGGGCUUCACCCGGUGAUGUGUCGGUCGCCUCGAAUACUGUAACCUUCACGCGCUAUGCCCCGUACUUCUUCUACACGCUCGUCCUGCCGUCGAUACUUUUUGGCUUAAUCACCGCAUUGGCGCCUAUACUGAGCUUUACCCAGGCUUGCUUUUUAUUGCUUUCCAACCUGCUCUUGUUGACGAUCUACAUGCGCGGGCUGAUCAAGGAGCUGCCCCCUCAUUUCUCGACAUUCCCAAGGAUUGUGUGGUACUGGGCAAUCCAAAUGACGUUCACCUCGGCGCAACUACUCCGUAUAUUUCUCUACGAGACGAUUAGACGGCAUCGGGGCGAGCCGUUGAAACGAAUGAGAUUGGACGACGAAUGGAGCAACUUGCCCUUCCGCCAAAAAUACGUCAACGUCGACACGAUACUUGCA